AUGAUAGAAGAUGAAGCCGACCUUGGAAUACGCCAGCUUAUUUCUGAGGAGAUCGACCUGGAAAUUGCUAUCCGCCAACGUCUUCUAAACACCAUCAACUCUCGCAUAACAUGGGCUCUUAUGCUACAAGAAGCUCUCGCUCGAGACUUGUCCACUCCAACUCCUGAUAGGCACCUUGCGCAUUCCUCUUUGAUCGAGAAGAGCCCUUAUAUGACGACACUGAACCUCCCUCCCUCCGUUCUUUUCUCCCCUGUCGCCACAACUCAGCGCGAACGAAUACCUCCAAAGGUCAGGCCUACGCGUACCACUGCAACGAAACUCCACCCGCAGAAAAAGCUGCUCUAUAUCCGUCUCCCCCCUUCACAGAUAGACGUCGAUGAGCAGAUUGCCGUUCUCACUUGUCCCACUUGUACUCGCAUACAGUUCACCACACUGCAAGGGCUCUUGAAUCAUGCGCGACUUGCCCAUGGCAUUGAAUGGGCCAGCCACGACGCGUGCAUUACUGCUUGCGCUGUUCCGGUGCCCUCCAGUAACGAUGCGGAGAAGGAACGAGUCGAGGAGGAAGGUGUUGAAGUACCCUGGGGUGGUAGUGUUGUUGGCCUACAACGGUUGUUCGAACGUGCUGUUGGUGUUAAUUUACCUGCUCCUCUUCUUCCCGAGGAACGGCAGGGAGCGGCGAUACCCAGCACCCUUCUUUCACGCACCCUCGGUUUACAUGCAGACUCCCCUGCGCUUGCUCCAUUUCUGGGCAGAACUCCGAAACGAAGAUGCAUACAUGCUUAUGAGGAGGAUACGGAAGUUGACAUUCUUAUCAUCGACACUGCCCCGCUUAGGCCGUCUCCCAGUUUGGAUAGCAGGGAAGGGGUUGAGAGGAGAGAAGAGGGUGGUCACCCUUGGCGAAUGGCUUAUCCGCAUCGAAAUAGAGCUCGUCCUGAACUCGAUCUUAUUGUUGACGUGCCCGCAUUUGUUGAUAACGAUACAGAGAACACGGCAGCCCCUGCAAUACCAGGAAGCACGACUUCUCGCUUCCAUAUCACCGCUCGUGUCCAUAUCACAGAUAGAAGUUUAUAUGUCUCUCCAGGUCGGCGGGUAAAUCUAAGCAUUCCGCCAUCGCAUACUCACCGUUGGAUGCUCAGUGUGACUGCUCCUUCUUACUCGAUACCUCUGGCCUCAUUCAUGAUACGCUUGACAGUUUUGGCAGUGGCACCAUCUGAUAACACACAACGACAGCCUUGUACCGUGGAUAAAUUACCCUUUGCCAUCAUAGGCUCAUUUUCUGAGCCCUUUCUUGCAAAGGUCGUGAUGGAGUGGGCUGGUGGCGGGAGAAUGGAAGUAGAACACUGGAUUGAUCUUGACCCCGCUAACUCUGGAAGCUCUGUCCUCGGUUCAGAACAAGUCCUCGAUGUCGAACUCGACAGAGGGACACGCCUCCUCCCUGCCCCCUCUGGACCUACACCGCCUCUACCUUCUUUGGAACGUGAACCUGCAGAAAGUACAAGGCAAUCUGCGGCCAAACAUCAAGAAUCUGGAGAUGAAUUCGGAUAUGAGAAGGUUCUGCGGAGUUUAUUACCAAGGGUCCCUAUGACGCUCAAAGAUAUGAAGUUCCGUACACACGUGCAAGUACCGUACAAACUUGUCCCUUCGCCGGCGCAUCUUCUGGCGCUUGUGCCUGGGAGACGCAAGGCUAUCGAAUGGGGAAGAGCACGAGCGCUGCAAGCACUUUAUGUCCAGCACGCCGCUUCGGCCUCGGACUCUGCAGAACUGAUUUCACUCACUGUAGGCGAUGUCUAUGCCUUCCUAGAAGAUUCGGGGCUUUUUCCGCGUUCCUCUGCAAAGACCGAAGUUCCCGUCCCGAGUGGGAAAGAGAAGAAAGAAAAGGAGAAAGAGAAAGAGAAAGAAUCGACGCCUUCGCCCGUCGAUGAACCCUGCGUCGUCUGUGGCAUCAAGAAACGCUUGCACCCUGCACUUGCUGUCACGACAAAAGUGAAGAAGGAGCCUACUUUUGACGAGACGGUAGUUUGGGUUUGCGAUAUCGUUCCGCGGCAGGAACUUGAGCGGGGUUUACGAAUACCUAUUGUGGAUUUGACGAAGAUUUUAGGAGGUGGACUCGAAUCUGCCCUCUAUGCUGGGGGAACGGCAGGACUAGCGCAUCAGCCUCUGGUUUCCUCGGUUUCUUCUCCAGUGCUCAGACCUUGGCGGUACACUCCCCGGCAGAUCGUCUCGCUAAAUCCGCCAGACCUCACUCUUGCUAUUCAUAUGAGCGUCGGCUCUUUGCGCCUCCCACACUUUCCCGAUCUCCCCUCCCCCUCCCUAGACAACCGUCACACAAAUUCAGAAGUUGAUGAAGCGCUUGCGCCGUCAGCGCUAUUAGCCGCUGUGCUCAAACCAUUUAUUUCUGUCCUUGUACGGUCUGCAGUGGAUGUUGCAAAACGGGAUAUGGCGAUUGCUUCUGGUGGUGGUGCCGGUUCUGGUGGUGCCGGACAAGGCAAGACGCGGACUAAACGAGGGAGGAAAGUAGGGUCUGUUCUCACUCCAGGACAUGUCUUACGAGGGCUGUCAGUGCCUAAUCCUGGCGUCAAUGGUGGUGGGCUCGCCACGACUACGACUACGACUACGACUGCUCUGAAAGAUGUGUUGGGGCUUUGUUUGGCGGGAGUGGGCGUGCCGCCGGAGUUUGGACGAUCGUUGACGCGUGCUUCUCUCCGUCAGAUUGUGGAUCGGGAUGGGAGUGCUGAUAUUGGGGAGAUAGGGGAAGGUGGCAUUAAAUUGGAACCGCCUUGA